AUGUCAUCAGAUUUAUUGGAUGUGCUAAAUCUUCAGCAGAGAGAUGCACCUGCAAAGAAAAAGCAAAAAGUCGCUGAGCCUAAAGUGAAGCAGACUGGUAUAAACAGAGAACUUUAUAAUUUACUAGGUCAGAAUACGCCACCUGUUCCUGUAAGAAAUCAGCAAAAGUUCAAAGAUAGAUUAAAUUCACUUACGAAACCUUCUCCUUGGACCUGGGCUAGCUUCAAAAAUGGAUCCAGAUCGGAUUCUUUACAACUCCAUCAUUGGGUCAAAGGGUCUAAAGAAUCGGUUGAAGCUGCAGAGGUCCCUUAUAAAUUUGAAAAAUAUAACACGUCUUUAAAUAUCCCAUCGUUCACUGAAGAAGACUAUAACAAUUUUAUUGCUGAUGAGCCAAUAGAUGGAAAUAAUGAAAUGGAUAUCGAUGAGAAUAAAGCACCAGACUCGAAAGAAGAAGAAACCAGUAAGAAACCAGAAACAGAAGAUGAUGAAACCAACACUGAAAAAACAGCUUCAGAAGUAGAGGAGAUUGUUAAACAGCUACCUUGGGAUUACGAAGAAACUAGAUAUUUGUUUGACUUAAGCAUUGCUUUUGAUCUAAAGUGGGUUGUUAUUAACGAUAGAUACGAUUUCAAGGGUAAUUCGCGUUCAAUUGAAGAUCUUCAAGAAAGAUUUUAUUCUGUCUGCCAAAGAAUAUUGAUUCAUGAAAACGAUAAGGUCGAAGAUACCCAAAACUCAAAUUUGAUAAGCAACUUGAAUUUCAAUAAAAGGAAGGAAAUCAAGAGAAAAAUGUACCUCAAUAGAUUACUGGAGAGAAGCCCUGCUGAAAUUGCUGAAGAAGAAUCUUUGCUCAUCGAGGCGAGAAAGUUCGAAGUAUCUGCCAAAAAGACUAUCACAGAAAGGGCAUCUUUGCUACAAUUAUUGGAUUCUCCUCAAUCUAAUGGAUCAAUCAACCAAUAUCUCAGCUCACAGGGAUUGACACAACUUUAUAAUUCAUUAAUGACCGAGAAAAGAAAGCGUCGUGUUGAUUCACCUGCUCCUGAAAAUCCUCUCACUGCGUUGAAUGAAAAGAUAAAACAACAGCAUAUUCAAAGACAGAAACAAAUUCAACAAGAAAAACUAGAACAACAAAAGAAAAAAAAGGAAAACCCAAUCUCUACUCUACUUUCAAAGAAUUUGACACCAAGAGAAGAAGAAGAAUUUGGUUUAAAAAUUCAUGCAGAGAAAAUAUCACCAGGUGUUGCUUUGAGAUCCACUAAGCUAUCAACUUUCAAACCUGGUGUUCAAGCAAAAAUCACCACAAUACUUAAUGAAAUGGGCUUGGGUAAAAAACCUUCAUUGGCCACCUCAAGAGUGGUAGCGAAACAGGAAGAGCUUUACAAAACAAUUAAUAUACUUCUUGAGCUAAAGAGACAGGUCGAUAAGCUCGAGGCAGAAGCCAAGAUAAUUAAAUAA